GCAAGCUCCUUCAGACUAAUUCUACUUGCUCUUCUGGUGAAGGAAGUUUACUUUUACUUACAAAAGAUGUCUACUCUACUGGAAAAUAUCAUUGCCAUUAUCAAUCUAUUCCAUGACUAUUCAACAACAGACAAGGAAACUGACACACUGAGCAGAAAAGAACUGAAGGAGCUCCUGGAAAUGGAGUUUCAGCCAAUCCUGAAGAAUCCAGAUGACCCAGACACAGCUGACGUCUUCAUGCAUAUUCUUGAUUUAGACCAUGACAAGAAAAUAGACUUCUCAGAGUUUUUUCUGAUGGUAUACAAAUUGGCUCAAGCAUACUAUGAUAAGACCAGAGGACAGAACUUCCAAGCAUCAGAGCAAAACCAAAAAAAAUAUGCAUACCACACACAAGAUGAAGAAAAUGACAUAAGGGAAGAUGAAGUACAAGAAGAGAAAGAAGAAGAAAUUAGAAAAUCCAGUCAAUCAGGAAAAAGUCAUAGAAAGGGGAAGAAAACAAUAUCCAAUAACCCAAAAGGAAGACAAGGAAAGGGACAUGAACAGACACCAGACAGCUCAAGACAUGCACGAUCCCAUAAGGGUGAGACAGCUGACAGUGGACACUCUGAGUCACGGUCUCCCCAUCACCAAUCAUCCAAUCAGGCACACAGGUCUAGACAAUCACACUCUGAGCAUGGAAAAUCAUCAUCUGAAAUCAGGCCAGUGAAAAACCCAGGGUCCAGGAUUAGUCAGGACAGUGAUAAUAAAGGACACUCAGAAGAUUUGGAAAGACAGUUUGGAUCUGGCUCAGGAAACCAACAAGGAUCUGCCCAUGGCCAUGGAGGAGACAGCUCUAGACACUCUGAGUCUCAUCAGUGGCAGAGAGACAACCAUGGACAACCUAAGUCUACCCAUAGAUGGUCAGGCUCUCAUACCAGAAGAAGACAAGGAUCUAGUCAUGGACACUCUACACACACCUCAAAACAAUCAAGGUCUCCUCAUGAAGACACAUCCUCUCAAGGACACUGUAACUCCUUCCAAAGGCAGUCAAAACCAAGAACAACAGGAAGACAAGAAUCCCAGCAUGAGCAGUCAGCAGACAUAUCCAAAGACUCAGGUACUGAAUAUGGACAAUAUUCCUCCAGAUCUAAGGCAAGCAGGUAUCAGGAAUCCAGUGUAAGUCAGGACAGUGACACUGAAGGACAUUCAGAAGAUUUGGGUAGAGAAUCCUCAAUGACCCACAAAAGAACUGAGUCCACAUUAAAGAAUCAACAUUGGUCUAACCAUAGCAGGUCAGCUGAUGGGUCCAGGCAAACAGGCUCCCAUCAAGGGAAGAGGAAUAUACACAGGGAGUCUAACACUAUAAACCAAGAUUCAGGACCAACCACCAGAGAAAGACAAGGGUGCCAUCCAGAGCAGUCACAGGAUAGCUCCAGACACUGGGAAACUGGACAUGGACAAAUCUCUUCCGGAUCUGGUAACACCAGACACCAGGGAUCCAGUAUCAGUCAGGCCAGUGACAGUGAAGGACAAUCAGAAGACUCAGAUAUUCAGUCAGGGUCAGUCCAGGAAUGGUCCAGGUCCAGUCAAAGGAGACAACACGGCAGUGCGCGUGGCAGUCCUGACCACUCAGGGUCUUACUUCUACACGAUACCCUCCCAAGAACAGUUUGACUCUGCCCACGGACAGUCUCAACCCAGUACCAGGGGGAGACAAGGAUCCCGCCAUGAGCAGGCACGUGACAGCUCUAGACAUGCAGGAUCCCAUGAGGGUCAGGCAGCUGAUGGUGGGCACUCUGAGUCCGGAUCCCGCCACCAGCAACCAUCCACUCGGACAUAUGGCUCUAGGCAAUCACAGUCUGGGCAUGGACAAUCGUCAUCUGAAUUCAGGCCACUGAGAAACCGAGGGUCCAGUGUCAGUCAGGACAGUGACAGCGAAGGGCACACCGAAGAUUCGCAGAGUCAGUUUGGAUCUGGCUCAGGAACCCAACAUGGCCAUGCACAAGACCGCUCUAGACGCUCUGAGUCUCACCGAGGGCAGAGAAACAAUCAUGGGCAGUCUGAGUCUGGCCAUGGACGCUCAGACACUGGUAGUAGGAGACAAGGAUCUAGUCAUGGACACUCUAUAGAUACCUCUAGACAGUCAGGGUCUCAUGGUGGAGAGCCAUCCUCUCGGGGACACAGUGACUCCUACCAUGGACAGUCAACAUCGCGCACAAGAGGAAGACCAGAAUCACAGCGUGAGCAGUCUGCAGACAGGUCCAGACAUUCAGGCACUGAACAUGGACCACUGUACUCUGGAUCCAGAGCGAGCAGACAUCAGGGACCCAGCAUGAGUCUGGCCAGCAGCAGCAAAGGACAUUCAGAAGAUUCAGGUAGAGAAUUCGCAAUGACCUAUGAAAAAUCUGGGUCCAGCUCCAGAAACCAACAUGGGUCUACCCAUGGGCAGUCAGCUGACAGAUCCAGACAGUCAGAUUCCUAUCAAGGGCAGACAGGCACCCAUAGGCAGUCUGACUCAACCCACCAAGACUCGGGAUCCACCACCAGGGAAAGGCAAGGGCACCCCCAAGACCAAUCAGAACACAUACCAAGACACUCAGGGAGCCAUCAAGAGAAGACAGCCAUCCAUGGGCAGUCAGACUUUGCCCAUCGAGACUCAGAGUCCACCACCAGGGAAAGACAAGGGCGCCCCCGUGAGCACUCAGAGGACACAUCCAGACACCCAGGGUCCCAUCCAGGACAAACAGCUGUCCACAGGCAGUCUGAUUCUGCCCACAGAGACUCAGGAUCCAUCACCAGGGAAAGACAAGGGCACCCCCGCGAGCAGUCAGGAGACAUAGCCAGACACUCAGGGUCCCAUGGAGGACAGACAGCCAUCCACGGGCAGCCUGACUCUGCCCACAGAGACUCAGGAUCCACCACCAGGGAAAGACAAGGGCGCCCCCGUGAGCAGUCAGGGGACAUAGCCAGACACUCAGGGUCCCAUGGAGGACAGACAGCCAUCCACGGGCAGCCUGACUCUGCCCACCGAGACUCAGGAUCCAUCACCAGGGAAAGACAAGGGCACCCCCAUGAGCAGUCACGGGAUAGCUCCAGACACUGGGAAACUGGACAUGGACAAAUCUCUUCCGGAUCUGGUAACACCAGACACCAGGGAUCCAGUAUCAGUCAGGCCAGUGACAGUGAAGGACAAUCAGAAGACUCAGAUAUUCAGUCAGGGUCAGUCCAGGAAUGGUCCAGGUCCAGUCAAAGGAGACAACACGGCAGUGCGCGUGGCAGUCCUGACCACUCAGGGUCUUACUUCUACACGAUACCCUCCCAAGAACAGUUUGACUCUGCCCACGGACAGUCUCAACCCAGUACCAGGGGGAGACAAGGAUCCCGCCAUGAGCAGGCACGUGACAGCUCUAGACAUGCAGGAUCCCAUGAGGGUCAGGCAGCUGAUGGUGGGCACUCUGAGUCCGGAUCCCGCCACCAGCAACCAUCCACUCGGACAUAUGGCUCUAGGCAAUCACAGUCUGGGCAUGGACAAUCGUCAUCUGAAUUCAGGCCACUGAGAAACCGAGGGUCCAGUGUCAGUCAGGACAGUGACAGCGAAGGGCACACCGAAGAUUCGCAGAGUCAGUUUGGAUCUGGCUCAGGAACCCAACAUGGCCAUGCACAAGACCGCUCUAGACGCUCUGAGUCUCACCGAGGGCAGAGAAACAAUCAUGGGCAGUCUGAGUCUGGCCAUGGACGCUCAGACACUGGUAGUAGGAGACAAGGAUCUAGUCAUGGACACUCUAUAGAUACCUCUAGACAGUCAGGGUCUCAUGGUGGAGAGCCAUCCUCUCGGGGACACAGUGACUCCUACCAUGGACAGUCAACAUCGCGCACAAGAGGAAGACCAGAAUCACAGCGUGAGCAGUCUGCAGACAGGUCCAGACAUUCAGGCACUGAACAUGGACCACUGUACUCUGGAUCCAGAGCGAGCAGACAUCAGGGACCCAGCAUGAGUCUGGCCAGCAGCAGCAAAGGACAUUCAGAAGAUUCAGGUAGAGAAUUCGCAAUGACCUAUGAAAAAUCUGGGUCCAGCUCCAGAAACCAACAUGGGUCUACCCAUGGGCAGUCAGCUGACAGAUCCAGACAGUCAGAUUCCUAUCAAGGGCAGACAGGCACCCAUAGGCAGUCUGACUCAACCCACCAAGACUCGGGAUCCACCACCAGGGAAAGGCAAGGGCACCCCCAAGACCAAUCAGAACACAUACCAAGACACUCAGGGAGCCAUCAAGAGAAGACAGCCAUCCAUGGGCAGUCAGACUUUGCCCAUCGAGACUCAGAGUCCACCACCAGGGAAAGACAAGGGCGCCCCCGUGAGCACUCAGAGGACACAUCCAGACACCCAGGGUCCCAUCCAGGACAAACAGCUGUCCACAGGCAGUCUGAUUCUGCCCACAGAGACUCAGGAUCCAUCACCAGGGAAAGACAAGGGCACCCCCGCGAGCAGUCAGGAGACAUAGCCAGACACUCAGGGUCCCAUGGAGGACAGACAGCCAUCCACGGGCAGCCUGACUCUGCCCACAGAGACUCAGGAUCCACCACCAGGGAAAGACAAGGGCGCCCCCGUGAGCAGUCAGGGGACAUAGCCAGACACUCAGGGACCCAUGAAGGACAGACUGCAAUCCACAGGCACUCUGACUCUGCCCACAGAGACUCAGGAUCCACCACCAGAGAAAGACAAAGGCACCCUCGUGAGCAGCCAGGGGACAUAGCCAGACACUCAGGGUCCCAUGGAGGACAGACAGCCAUCCACGGGCAGCCUGACUCUGCCCACAGAGACUCAGGAUCCAUCACCAGGGAAAGACAAGGGCACCCUCGUGAGCAGCCAGGGGACAUAGCCAGACACUCAGGGACCCAUGGAGGACAGACAGCCAUCCACGGGCAGCCUGACUCUGCCCACAGAGACUCAGGAUCCACCACCAGGGAAAGACAAGGGCACCCUCGUGAGCAGCCAGGGGACAUAGCCAGACACUCAGGGACCCAUGAAGGACAGACUGCAAUCCUCAGGCACUCUGACUCUGCCCACAGAGACUCAGGAUCCACCACCAGGGAAAGACAAGGGCGCCCCCGUGAGCAGUCAGGGGACAUAGCCAGACACUCAGGGUCCCAUGGAGGACAGACAGCCAUCCACGGGCAGCCUGACUCUGCCCACCGAGACUCAGGAUCCAUCACCAGGGAAAGACAAGGGCACCCCCAUGAGCAGUCACGGGAUAGCUCCAGACACUGGGAAACUGGACAUGGACAAAUCUCUUCCGGAUCUGGUAACACCAGACACCAGGGAUCCAGUAUCAGUCAGGCCAGUGACAGUGAAGGACAAUCAGAAGACUCAGAUAUUCAGUCAGGGUCAGUCCAGGAAUGGUCCAGGUCCAGUCAAAGGAGACAACACGGCAGUGCGCGUGGCAGUCCUGACCACUCAGGGUCUUACUUCUACACGAUACCCUCCCAAGAACAGUUUGACUCUGCCCACGGACAGUCUCAACCCAGUACCAGGGGGAGACAAGGAUCCCGCCAUGAGCAGGCACGUGACAGCUCUAGACAUGCAGGAUCCCAUGAGGGUCAGGCAGCUGAUGGUGGGCACUCUGAGUCAGGAUCCCGCCACCAGCAACCAUCCACUCGGACAUAUGGCUCUAGGCAAUCACAGUCUGGGCAUGGACAAUCGUCAUCUGAAUUCAGGCCACUGAGAAACCGAGGGUCCAGUGUCAGUCAGGACAGUGACAGCGAAGGGCACACCGAAGAUUCGCAGAGUCAGUUUGGAUCUGGCUCAGGAACCCAACAUGGCCAUGCACAAGACCGCUCUAGACGCUCUGAGUCUCACCGAGGGCAGAGAAACAAUCAUGGGCAGUCUGAGUCUGGCCAUGGACGCUCAGACACUGGUAGUAGGAGACAAGGAUCUAGUCAUGGACACUCUAUAGAUACCUCUAGACAGUCAGGGUCUCAUGGUGGAGAGCCAUCCUCUCGGGGACACAGUGACUCCUACCAUGGACAGUCAACAUCGCGCACAAGAGGAAGACCAGAAUCACAGCGUGAGCAGUCUGCAGACAGGUCCAGACAUUCAGGCACUGAACAUGGACCACUGUACUCUGGAUCCAGAGCGAGCAGACAUCAGGGACCCAGCAUGAGUCUGGCCAGCAGCAGCAAAGGACAUUCAGAAGAUUCAGGUAGAGAAUUCGCAAUGACCUAUGAAAAAUCUGGGUCCAGCUCCAGAAACCAACAUGGGUCUACCCAUGGGCAGUCAGCUGACAGAUCCAGACAGUCAGAUUCCUAUCAAGGGCAGACAGGCACCCAUAGGCAGUCUGACUCAACCCACCAAGACUCGGGAUCCACCACCAGGGAAAGGCAAGGGCACCCCCAAGACCAAUCAGAACACAUACCAAGACACUCAGGGAGCCAUCAAGAGAAGACAGCCAUCCAUGGGCAGUCAGACUUUGCCCAUCGAGACUCAGAGUCCACCACCAGGGAAAGACAAGGGCGCCCCCGUGAGCACUCAGAGGACACAUCCAGACACCCAGGGUCCCAUCCAGGACAAACAGCUGUCCACAGGCAGUCUGAUUCUGCCCACAGAGACUCAGGAUCCAUCACCAGGGAAAGACAAGGGCACCCCCGCGAGCAGUCAGGAGACAUAGCCAGACACUCAGGGUCCCAUGGAGGACAGACAGCCAUCCACGGGCAGCCUGACUCUGCCCACAGAGACUCAGGAUCCACCACCAGGGAAAGACAAGGGCGCCCCCGUGAGCAGUCAGGGGACAUAGCCAGACACUCAGGGACCCAUGAAGGACAGACUGCAAUCCACAGGCACUCUGACUCUGCCCACAGAGACUCAGGAUCCACCACCAGGGAAAGACAAGGGCGCCCCCGUGAGCAGUCAGGGGACAUAGCCAGACACUCAGGGACCCAUCAAGGGCAGACAGCCAUCCACAGGCGCUCUGACUCUGCCCACCGAGACUCAGGAUCCACCACCAGGGAAAGACAAGGGCACCCCCAUGAGCAGUCAGGGGACAUAGCCAGACACUCAGGGACCCAUGAAGGACAGACUGCAAUCCACAGGCACUCUGACUCUGCUCACAGAGACUCAGGAUCCACCACCAGGGAAAGACAAGGGCGCCCCCGUGAGCAGUCAGGGGACAUAGCCAGACACUCAGGGUCCCAUGGAGGACAGACAGCCAUCCACGGGCAGCCUGACUCUGCCCACCGAGACUCAGGAUCCAUCACCAGGGAAAGACAAGGGCACCCCCAUGAGCAGUCACGGGAUAGCUCCAGACACUGGGAAACUGGACAUGGACAAAUCUCUUCCGGAUCUGGUAACACCAGACACCAGGGAUCCAGUAUCAGUCAGGCCAGUGACAGUGAAGGACAAUCAGAAGACUCAGAUAUUCAGUCAGGGUCAGUCCAGGAAUGGUCCAGGUCCAGUCAAAGGAGACAACACGGCAGUGCGCGUGGCAGUCCUGACCACUCAGGGUCUUACUUCUACACGAUACCCUCCCAAGAACAGUUUGACUCUGCCCACGGACAGUCUCAACCCAGUACCAGGGGGAGACAAGGAUCCCGCCAUGAGCAGGCACGUGACAGCUCUAGACAUGCAGGAUCCCAUGAGGGUCAGGCAGCUGAUGGUGGGCACUCUGAGUCAGGAUCCCGCCACCAGCAACCAUCCACUCGGACAUAUGGCUCUAGGCAAUCACAGUCUGGGCAUGGACAAUCGUCAUCUGAAUUCAGGCCACUGAGAAACCGAGGGUCCAGUGUCAGUCAGGACAGUGACAGCGAAGGGCACACCGAAGAUUCGCAGAGUCAGUUUGGAUCUGGCUCAGGAACCCAACAUGGCCAUGCACAAGACCGCUCUAGACGCUCUGAGUCUCACCGAGGGCAGAGAAACAAUCAUGGGCAGUCUGAGUCUGGCCAUGGACACUCAGACACUGGUAGUAGAAGGAGACAAGGAUCUAGUCAUGGACACUCUGUCAAUAACUCCAGACAAUCACUGUCUCUUCAGGGACAGAGUGAAAAUCAUGGGCAACCUGUGUCAGGAUUUGGAGAGUCUCAGCAUGGUAGUGGAAGUCUUGAUUUCAGCCAUAUGGAAUCCAGAGACAUAGUUGAGUUUGGAGAUGAAUUUAUGUCAUCCAAUAUAACAGUUAGUAAUAUUAACCCAGAAAUAUCAGUCCAUUCAAUGGGUAAUUCAAAGAAGUUGGGAUUUAUUCAGUCACAAAAUUAUUAUUAUUUUGAGUGAGAAACCAAUAGAAAAAUAAUUAAAAGUGUAAGAACCUGAGCUAAGACAUAAUUUUGGAUCAAGAAACUUUCAUUAUACCUGCAAAGGGUUUUCUUACCAUUUUACUUUAAAUGCGUUACAGUAUUUCUUUCCUUUGGUGAUAGUUUCAUUUCUUCGUUGGGUAGGUUUAAACCUUUGGUUAGGAAAUUGUCAGUGGGCAAAAUCUAUGUCAUUUAGAACUAAAUUUAGAAAACUCAAUAUUUUGGGUAGUUGGAGUUCAAAUAAGGACUGUCUUUUGAGAUGUUAAAUUUAGGAUCUUUGUAGAUUUUCACAUUUUCUUUGCCAAGAAUACAAAAUCACGGUUCUGGAAGCCAACCAAAUAUGUUAAUAUCAGAGCUCAGUGCAUCUUCCUCUACUAUCCUUUUAAUGGAGUUUUAAGUUAAUCUGGAUUUAUUAAAAUCAAAAAACUGAAUUACAUAAAGAUUCAAAAUAAAGAGU